AGUGUCAACUUCAUUUCGCUAAUAUGCAGCCAAUAAUACCCUCUAAAUUGCUAUUAAAUUUUUGAUUUGUAUUAAAAAAUUGUUUAUAAUUAUCUUCCAAGCAAAACUGGUGCAAAUGAAUAAGUACACAACGGUUUCAUAAAUUUCCGUACUAAAUAUUUGACGAAAACGUUUAUUGUGUCCAUAAAUUGAUAAAAAUAAAGGUGAUAAAUCUUGUAAGUUCGUUGUAAAAAAGGCAGCAAAAUUUUUAAGCCGUUAUGUGGAGGUACAUUGCUGGUACAAUCGCCGUAGGUUCAGUAACGUACAGUUUAUAUCGAUAUUUUGCUGGAGGCGUGUGUAAGUGCCCCACAAGAUUAGACGGUCUAGUUGUAGUUGUUACAGGUGCUAGUUCUGGAAUUGGCAAAGCUUUGGCUCUAGAACUAGCUCAGAGAGGUGCGACCAUAGUUCUCGCCUGUAGAGACAUUGAAAAAGGAAUAAAUACGAAGAGGGACAUUUUGGCAAAAUUAAGCAACAAAAACGUGAAAAUAUUUGUCAAGCCAUUGAAUCUUGCAUCAAUCGCCAGUAUUAUAAAAUUUUCUGAAACUUUGAAGUCGGAAUUUGACGAGAUUUAUGCUUUGGUUAAUAAUGCAGGGAUAUAUUAUCAUCCACAUACGGUCACAGAAGAUGGGUAUGAAAUCACAUUCCAGACAAACUAUUUAGGUCAUUUCAUUUUGACACAUAAUCUGCUGGGUUUACUGAAAAAGGCAGAUCAUUCUCGAGUUGUAAACGUCACAUCACAAGCCCACAAACAAGUAAACUCGUAUGAUUUGAAUGCUAUUGCCAAAUCUCAGACUGAGUUCCGAUCUCACUCUGUUGCUUAUGGAGUGACAAAGUUGGCCCUAAUUCUAUUUACUCGUUACUUAUCCAAAAAACUACUAAAUACAAAUAUAAUUGUCAAUGCAGUUGAUCCAGGCACGACCAAGACAGACCUUCUUCGCCAUUCUCCAUACACUAAUAAUCAGUUUUUGUAUGUUCUACAGUGGCCUAUUAGGGUUCUUUUAGCCAAAAGUCCAUGUCAAGGGGCACAGUCACUUUUACAUUGUCUUUUAACAUCUAAUAGAUCCACUGGACAACUUUAUACAGACUGCAAAUUAACAUUACCAAGUGCUUUAGCUUCAGAUGAUAAGUUGGCACAAGACUAUUAUGAGUUAACUAUAGAAAUAUUAGACAAUAAGUUCAACACUGAGUCAGAGUGCUAA